UGUCCCAAUGGAUAGAAGUCGGAAUCGAAAAAAAAUAAUACCACGUGUAUUCAAGGGUGAACAAUGCAACUCCGAGGCAGGCCUUAAAAGAAAAUAAAACUUCGUGCCACUGCAACAACUUCCUCGUCUACAUCUGAAAGGCAUUUUUUCCAGCACAUAAAAUGCAAAUAUCAACCACCAGUCCCUCAGCUGCCAUGUACUCGACAGACAAUGACCGUGUCGCCAGUCAGAACCACAUCAUACACAAAACGCCCACCUGCACCUACACCAUACAUUGUGGCAGGUCAGAGUGUCCGGCCGUUUUCGUGUAUGACGAUGGCACUGACUGGCCCACAGUCAACUGCCUCGUUAAUGACCAUUAUCUGGUCUGUACAGGGCGCUUGCAUGGGCUCUCCCCUUCACGCUCACAGUACGCGCCGAGCCUUGCACAGCUUACUCCCGGGAGCUGGGGUGUCAAUAACGGCAAUCGCGAUGACUUCAUCAUCGGGAGCUCUAGCAAGCGGAGACAAAAGGAGGAUGAGCGGAAAGAAGACCUGGAGAACGACGAAUACACCGACGAUGUACAGCCUACAUCCGUCCGGUGCCGCGGAUGCAGCAAGAUCAUCUGCCUUGACAAACGCUCCAGGUACUACCCCGGACUCUGGAUCAAGCACCGGGGCAAAUGCCGUGGUAUCCUCAAACUAGAAGUGAGCUCAUUUCUAUUACGAAUGGAAUGUGGAACUAACUAAAUUUUAUAGAACGACAAGCUAACCAGUAGAAGAGACUGGUUUAGGUCGUCGCAUCCAGAAUGGCGCCCGCCAGCCGCCAGCUCAAUUGACGCGAGCGGUGAAUCUUCAGAAGAGGACGAGGAAGAAGUGUUCGGUUUCAACA